AUGCUUUUCCAUCCGGCUGUCUGGGCUGAAGCUCGGGCUGGAGACGUGAUCGGCCUUUCUGGUACACCGGAUCAGUUGAAGUUUGACGAAAUCAUAAGGGGGAGUGAUUCCGGGCCCCUUGUAUGUCAAAAUAAUACCAAUGGCCCGAUCGAUUUGAGUAUGGGGUUUAUUUUGGGGUCUGGUGCCAACCAAAUCUACCAACCUACAUUGAUAUGGACCGACGUUUGCCCCGGAGCUAGUGUAACCGCUCAGUUCAAGCCCAAGCUAAGCGCAUACAUUACUCGCGAAUACCAAGCCACCGAAAUGCUUCGCGGUGAAGUCGUGACUGAGGAGAUCUGGUCUCAGGACCUCGACGAACUGGACUACAUUACGGGUUGGUAUCUUAUGGAGGAUCGUGAUAACGGCACCUUCUCAAUUGUACUUGCUUAG